CCACCUAGAUUCUUCAAUAAUGUGAGUGGGGAACAGUUUGUCAAAGAGAGAUCAAACUUGAACCUGUACUGUGGAGCAUCUGGUGAACCAGCACCUAACAUCACUUGGAUCAGAGUGUUUAAGAAUGGUAGUGAGAGUGAAGUGCUUCACACAGGGACUACAUGGAAUAUUGUAAGCAUCAACCAAACUGAUGCUGGAAAUUACAGCUGUAUAGCUAAUAAUGGAGUGGGCAGUCCUGUAAACCAUACUAUCACAGUGAAUGUUUUAUGUAAGUAUGGACUUACAUGUACAUUAUACCUGACAUAUAAAAACAUUUUUUUUAUUAAAACAAUUUAAUUCAGGGUUGGGCGUAUAAACCAUUAGUAUGUCCUUGAAUGCAGGGCCUGUCUACCCUCUCCCCUUUAAACAAAUACACUGGUCCAUGGGUGGCACAGCCCAAAACGAACUUCACAAUUCAAACAAAAAUGUCACAGUUCACGGAUUGACAAAAGAGAAUUGGAAUGAGUCAACUACAGUAUAUCUAAUACUGUAUAGUCCCAAAAUGAAAUAAAUACAAUUUAUUCGUACCUUAUCAUUGUCUAUUUAUUUGUCCUGAUUAAUUUUCUGCUGAAGUUUCCAGCUGCACUCUUAUGAGCUGGUGCUAUAGUCUUAGUUCAUAAUUAAUGGACGAAAUGUAGACAAAUCCUGAAAAUCAACACGUUAUAAGACAAAGCGCAUAUACCAUUAGCUGAAGGUUACCUUGUUGGUCCUGGCAGGUUUUACAUUUUGUAGCAUUUUGUCGAGUUUUGCACGCGGAAGUUCAUGUAGAGUUUUAGUGUAGUAUUCGAAUGCAAAACUUGGCAAAUUGCCUUUAUUAAGCUAACUAGAAGUGACAAAGAGACCUUUCAGCUUAAAGGUACCAUGUAUGUGUCCAUUCUUUUGUACUAUUUUGACCUUUUAAGGCUCUGUUUAUUUAUUGGAUGAGGUUUUUGUCAUAUCUAGAAUAAUCAAGGUCGAGGUAAGUGUUUUCAGCUGAGCUGAAGGCCGAGGCUGAUAAUAUUUACUGAGACCUUGAUUAUGUAGGAUAUCACAAAAAUCGAAUCUAAUAGUUGUUUUAUUAUACAUUGUUUUAAAGAAAAUAAUGACAAACACACCGUCGCAAGAAACCUGAAUUGAUAUUGUCAUUGGAAAUCAUGCAUUGCACGCGCAACCUACAGAUAAGUCAGUUAUCUGCUAGCAGAUAACUAAGUUGUGGUGAUUUCCAAAAUUAGCUGUAGGCUUUUAGCCAAUGAGAAGACAGAUAGUGAGUACAAUGUAUAAUAAUACAAAAAUUAAUAAUUCUAGAUGCAGCGGCUUGUAAAAGUGUUUAGUUUUCUGAGAAACAGAGGGAAUGUCAGUAAAAAAAUUGACCACGGCAAAUUACAUGUAAAUGAACAGUGAUACAACGUAGUGUAUAUUGCUGAAAGAAAAUAAUUAUCUAUAUUUUCCUUAGAGUGUGUAAAAGUAAGGUUUAUGGUGUAUCUGACCUUGAUUACUUCUUUAGUUGUCUCAUUAUUUCACUUUUCACUUACUGUAUCAGGGAUUGGGGUGUUGUGUUUUAUACCAAAUACCUUAGUUAAAUUGAUAGGCCAUUGAGAAGGGGCUUUCGAUUUGGGUUUAUUCAACAUGAAAUAUCGAUCCAACAGGUUACUAAAGACACCGAUUCGAGGCUCUGAAAAAGUACUAUGGGUACUCCCUCGCAUCCCCUGCAGGAUCUUCUCCCCCCUACUUAAUGUACGCAGUAGGUCGCAUCCUUACGAGGUCCCAUGUGUUAAUACUGAGAGGUUGAAGAAAUGCUUUGUAAUACAUGUCCUUAUAGAAUUAGUUUUGUUGAAGAUCAAAGCAUUUUCCCCUUGGUUCGUACAAACGCUCUCAAACGUUGUCCGCGGCUUAUAUACCUGCCAAGUGUCACGCUUGCUGGCAUCGAAAACUUCGAUCUAACACCUACUCACGCCUGGUAAAAAUGUUGGAGCUAUUACAACAUGAACUGUCUCGUUUUGAAAAAUGUAUUAACUAUUCAAAGAAACUGGAACCAAUUUGAGGAAAGAAAAGUCCAUGUCACUCAUCAUGUGAAUGAUCGACUUUCUCCGAAUUAUCUUAUUUUAGUAGGGAAACUCACUGGAGACGACGUGUUAGACGGAACUCUUUGGAGUAUCUUCGGAACGUCUUUGGAAGUCUUCAGAACGUCUUCGGAGAUCUUCAGAUAUUAUCGGAACCCUACGAAAACUCCUGGCACUCUCAGGAUAAAAAUGUCACGCCUAUGAAUUAAAAAAAGUUGGCGGGUAUUGGCUUGCUAAAGCCGUGAACGAUUGCUGAGCAUUCUCUGUUUUCAAUUAUACCCCAGACCUUUAUUGCCCAGAGACGCGCGCUGCAGUGGUGGGAAAAUUUCGUCCAUCGCAGGAACAUCUCGAUCAAACCACUCGACUGAUUGCUGACAAACGUUUCGUCCAGGUUUUCGCCGCACAAGUAUCGCAACAUCCCAAUACCUGACUGACCUGUUAAUUUGAAACGCAAAAGACGUUUCGCAUUUUUGCUCGCUCGAUCCAUUGUUGCAAAUUGCGUGAGGUAUCAAAACAAACUACGUCAUCAUUCGACAUGUCUUGCCGCGAACUAAGUCGUGAACUAUUUAUACGAGAGUUCGUGUCUCUUGUAAGCCGUACUCGUAUAAAUCAGGUUCCUUUCGCGUCUUAUGUUGCCCGCAGCCAGAGAAAGCCGCGGAUUAUUUUCUCUCCUAUAAACGGCCCAAUUAAGUGGUGCCAGCGAAAUGAAAACUGGGUAUAAACUCCAACUUAAAUGAAGAACGUAAAAACACCAAAAUAAUUGUUUUUACUAGUAUCAAUAAAAGGUGAAUGAUGUUCUAUGAUAGGUAAGGUAUUAAAAUUAUUAAAACCCACUUGUGAAUAGCUGCGAAUACCCCCCCCCCCCCCCAGAAUACCCCCCCCCCCCCCUUUUUUUGCAAUUUUUACAAUCGAAUUAGGUUUACUUCAAGCGUGGACUUUGAAUUUUUGUUGUAAGCAUCACGGCAAUUGAGUUUUAAAAGCCGUCUCUUGCCUUCUUCACAGAAAGAUUUCCGCAGGUUUGUGUUUUGAAUCUGAAUGAUCAAGGUUAGAUCUUUCCUGGAAAAGGUAUUUUAUGCCUAGUUUGUUUGCUACUUUUGAGAUUUUUACAUUUUAUUUUAGCCUGUUUUCGCGUUUCAUUAACCGGCGGCUUGGUAGGAUGUCUUCGAGUGCUCCUAGUUGAUUUAUUCUUUAUCGAACAAUUAUGAUAUGUGGAUGUUCAGUAGUUCAAAGGUACCUGAAUGCGGUGGUGUUAUUCCUUUUCAGCCGGUACUGUAUGAAAAGUCGCUAUUUUCGACCUAUGAAUCGGUCCAAAUUCUGCCCUAGGAUGGAAAAAGUCGUUUUGGCUUGUAGCAAAAAAGAAAAGUAAGAAAUCGAACAAACUAGCCCGGCUUUAUUACACGUAUACCAAAUACUUUUUGUCCGCAGAAUAUAAAGACAAACUUUUUCCGACCCGAAAGUCAUCAGACCGGUCUUAGAGACACUGUCACUUAAUAACACAUGUAAGAAAUGUGGUAUUACCGUCAGUCAAUGGGACAGUAAAAUAAUUAUCGUAUAAGACUAGUCUUCUACUGCGGUCAAACGAGAGAAAUCUGUAAAAGCUAAGCAAAGCACUUCGAAGCUCAAGUUAUCACUUACUUUGUUCAAAGUUUAAUAUUAUUGCUAAUUUGCCAAACUUUUUGAAUGUUUACUUAAAACGUUCCAAGUGUUUGAAAACUGAAAUUUACGUUACUUAUUGUGACUUAGUUAUUUGUCGACCGAGAUUUACAAAUGUACUUGAGCUUGAAGAAUUUUCGAUGAAAAUAAUAAGCUCAUUAAAUUAUUGGAGAAAGUGCAGGUAGUUAAAUUAACGUAUUCUUUUGGAGAUUCUUACUCAUGUCUCAUGAAUGAAAUCGCACUUAAAAUAAAGCAAAACAGGCGCUUCGGACGUUUCACCGUGAUGGAGACUAGUCUUACUAAAAAAACUGCGCGUGCACCGUAUCAUAUCACGCGUGUCGGUAUAAAGUCUCUCGGGGAAGGUGGGAUACACGUAGAAAAUAUUCAAGGUGAAGAUGAACAGGUAUUGAUGUUUAUGUGGUUAUUAUUUUAGUUCCUUCCAAGAUUGUUAAUUUUGUACAAGAGUACAGAGUUGCUAUGCAACAAAGUUUUGCUCUUCACUGUCAAGCUGAAGGGUUUCCUGAACCAACAUUUACAUGGAGUCCAUGCUAUAACGACUGCAAUACUGGCACCUUGACUAUUCCUGAGGUCUUAAAUGACACUGUUUAUACUUGCACAGCGACAAAUAGUGAAGGCAGUGAUUCA